AUGAGCGAAGAUCCCUCUUUUGUCACUCUGACGCUCCAGCAGCGUAUCGCCGCGUUGAAUGCUGCCCAUAUUGGUCGAAUACCUGGAGAGCCGCCCCGGGCCUCGUCUCACCCUCCUCCUCCCGUCCCUUCCAGGCGUCCCCCUAUACUCAAACAGAAUACCGUCAAUAUCCCUCCAGAACAGGUCAAUGGCUCAAUUACCGACCCACGGCCAGGGAAUCAACCUGCUCCUCCACCUCCGGCGAGGAAACAGCCUCCGCCUCUUCCCUCUCGAAAUCACUCGCUCGAAGAACAGAGAAGGGGUUCGGUGACAUCGAUCAAUUCCAGUGGUACAAAUGACACAGCCUCCUCAAAGGCCACGACUACUCGUACGAAGUCUACAGACUCGGCCAGCCGCAUCAAAGCACCUGCAUGGGGCGAGUGCGAACUGCCUUCUCUGCCUCCUCGGAAUGGUAAUCCGCAUGUGGCCACCAGGAAAUACUCGGAGGACCGCCCCAAAUACGUCAAUCGAGCUCCUUCAAGCACAUCACUUGUCUCAACAACUACCACUGCGGAAGCCAGACCUGCUCCUCCUCCGCGUCCCUCCCUUCCGCCGAGGCUCCCUUCCCGCAAGCAUGAGGCUGAACACCGGGAACAUACCGGAGAGGCUACGCUUAGAAAGAUGCCUCCCGUCCCCUCGGUCGAAUCAAUAGAAAAGGCGAAGAAGGCUGCGUUCUUGUACAACACUCCAAAAGCACAAUCUAAUCACCAGGAACCGGUCCCCGUCAUGGAGCCAGUCCAACUGCCGCUGAAGGAAACCAUAUCUUUGCCCUUGCGAGAGCAUGGAGUCAUACUGCCAGCCAAAGAGAAUGCACCUAUCUCAAUGGGAGAGACCUUGAAUGGCCACUUGGGAGGCGCCCAGUCGGCUCCGCCGCCGGUGCCAAAGUCCUCUCGACCAGAUCUCUCGGCCCUACAGGCAACCAAGCCCAAAUUUGCUGCAAGCACAACUUCAGUAAAUGGCAGUCUAUCUGCCGCUUCCAGUGUCUGUCUCGUCUGCCGCGACUUUUCUGGCCCGGAUCAUCAAGCUACUCUUUUCCCUAGAACCCAGGUUACCUCUUUACAGGCUUUAGCCCAUCAACUGACCUCUCCAUUUCCGUCUCCCACCGACAAGGCGCGAGCAAUCUUUACUUGGCUGCACCACAAUAUUGCCUACGACGUUGUCAGCUUCUUCAAUAACAACGUAAGGGGUUCAACGCCACAGUCAACUCUACAAAGCGGGCUGGCAGUUUGUGAAGGCUAUGCUGCUCUGUUCACAAACCUAGCUACCUACGCUGGCCUAGAAUCUGUGGUUAUCUCAGGCCAUGGAAAAGGCUAUGGAUUCAACCCUCUACCACCAGGAGCUCCUCUUCCGCCGUAUAACGCAGGCCAUGCAUGGAAUGCUGUUAAAAUCGACAAUGGAGAGUGGAAACUCAUCGAUACAUGCUGGGGAGCUGGUUAUGUCCAAGGUGCAGGUCGGCCCUACGUGGCCAAAUUCAACCCCGAUUUCUUCACCAUGUCGAACGAGGAAUUUGCGGUCAAGCAUUUCCCAGGCAACAAAGACCAGUUUUUCCUUCCUGGAGGACGGCGCAUGAGCUGGGAAGAAUAUAUCGUGAUCGACCCUGCCUGCUGGCCUGACAUGGUUGAAGGACCUACGAUAUUUACAAACGCCACGGAAGAUUACUCUAUUGGUGAGAAGACGGUCUAUCCACGAGCAAGGAAAAUCAACGUCCGGCAACCUGAUAAUGUCCGAUUCCAGUUCGGUCUGAGAUGUGCGCACUGGACGCUGGAACAACACACGCGGAAAGGACCACCCCCUGUGUUCAUCGUCUCAAUCAAUGGAGUCGAUGGCCGAGAUAAGGAUCUUGUCCCCAUGGACUACUAUCCCGGGCCUAUGGGACAGGGUGGUGAUAUGUGGGUGGUGGAUAUCCCAGCUCGCCAGCUGGGGGCUCCCGGGCAGACCAUCACGCUGUUCGCGGUUACGACUUUCGGUAAUAGGCAGGACGCUCGAGGCUUGACAGUGAUGGAGUUUCGGGAAGGGAAGGGCAGAGUCGGAAUGGGAUUUACUGGCGUCGCGGCAUGGGAUUUGGUUUGA